AUGGCGGGUGCUAAAACCUUCUCCGAUUAUUCGCCAUCCCUGGAACCAAGGAAAUUAUCCUCUCGGUCGGGGUAUUUAUGCAGUGCCGAUUUAGAUGAGCUCCAUCCCCACAUGAUGUAUGGGGCAUUGAUGUCCUCCCUGGAUGCUCUUGUACGCUCUUUUUGGGACGUGGUGCCCGCCAUAGUGUCUGUGCGAGUGAUGCUUCUGGCGCUUUUACUUCCAGUUGUCCCAAUCGUGCUGCCAUUGGUUGUCGUGGAGCGAUUUUUCGAAAUGUCCACUUUGUUUGUUGUUCUGGCGGAGGCCGUUUUCUUGAUCUGGCUGCACCAGCUGCGGUGGCGAUUGAAUUUGAUCAAAACCGUGGAUCAAAGAUUGCCGCCGGCAAAAGCUUUCGAUCUUUUCCAUCGCGCUUUGCGGCAAGUGGACCAGUGUGCGGAAUGGUCCAAUGGCCGCAGCCCAACGGAAUGGCUGGAAGGUUGGUUCUUGAAGACACCAAUCCGAGAAAUCAAGCGAAACAACCUUCAGGAGUUUUUUGCCUGGGCAUUUUACAUCAAGUAUCCUGCCGAGCUUGAAGUGUCAGAGACAGAGGAAAUAGAAUUGAUGAUCAAGGAGUGUGAACAAAGAUAUCAAUGGUCUUUCCCAGAAGGUUACAGUCCUGGUGUGCGGUCCAUGCGCAUUAACUUUGACCCUAUCCAGGCAUGGUACCAUCCCCUGUGGUAUUAUGCUGCAAUUCGCGGUUUGUGUUUGGCAACGCGCUCAGCCAUGAAGAUGAUGGGCUUCGCUCAGAGGACUGCAGGUGAGCUGGCGUACUUUCAUCGCUCAGCUCCAUCCCGCCCCGGGCUUUUGGUACAGAACGGAAAGCCGGUUCACCAAUCUCAAGCACUUCCAGUCGUGUUGCUGCACGGCCUGGGGGUUGGCAUUAUGCCGUAUGUUCGGCUGAUUCGUUUGCUUGCCAAAUCCAGCGAGUGCUUCGUCAUCGAGCUGCCAGAAAUAUCUCAGGCAUGUUGCAAAUCAGUGCUUGCGCCGAAGGAGAUGGCAGAUCUUUUGUCCAUGAUGCUGAAGGCACACGGACAUGAGCAGGCGAUUUUCAUUGCACACUCCUAUGGCACCUUUGUGAUGAGCUGGGUGCUGCACUUCAGGAAGGAAAUUGUGGCGAGAACUGCAUUGCUAGAUCCAGUCUCCUUGCAUUUGGCCCAGCCCGACGUGGCAUACAACUUCCUGUACAGGCACCCGGACAAUCCAAUGCUGAAAAUGGUCGCCCACUUUGUGAGAUGGGAGCUCUUCUCAGCUCACGUUCUAAUGCGUCACUUUUAUUGGCAUCACAACGUGCUUUGGAAGGAGGAGCUGCCUCCAAAUUCCCUGGUGGUGUUGGCAAGUCACGACGACAUAAGCAAUGCUCACUAUAUUCGCCGCUACCUUGAAGAUCACCAGCGCCAAACUAGCGACAACAAGCUACAACUGCUUUGGCUCGAAGGAUUUUUUCAUGGCGGUUUUCUCCUGAGUUCAGCCGCGCAGAUGCAGGUACUAGGAUUGCUCGGACUACUUUGA